UGAAGAAUUAAAAAUUGAUGGCUGUUAACUGUAAUUCUUCAGCUCAAAUCUCAAUUCAGAAAUAUGGUUCAUUUCUGAAAUAUACAAACAAAAAGUUUAUGUCCAAACGCAGCUCUGUCCCACAGAAAAGGGUACCAGUUGGUCCACUAGCACUGAGGAUCACAGCAUCCAUCAAGAACAUUAAGAAUUAUGAAGACGAAUCUCAGGGCAUAGUUUGCUAUCAAGAUGAGAGUGGAGAACUAAUUUGUGAAGGGUAUGAUGAAGGGCCUCGUUAUCAAAGAAUUUCAAGACCAACCCAUCAUCCAAGGGAUGUUGAGAUCAUGAAUCUUCUACAACAACAAAGUUGGCUUCAGAUUGUUAAAGGGGAAGAAAUCAAUCAUGUAGGUGACGUUGAAGGUGUUCAGCCACAAGAGGAUUUAAAUUGCAACAAAUGGCUUUAACUCAUUCCAAACAAGUCUUGCCUUCAUCACUAUCAAAGGUCGUGCUCUUAACAGUUACAUGCAGUGCUAGUAUGUAUCAUAAAAGAAUAAUAGCACAAAAAC